AUGGACGACUAUAUAAAAUCACCCGAAGUACAGAAUGCGAUUGUGGAGCGCUCUCCUGGCGGUCGCUAUGUUCGAUUUAUGGAGAAGCUAGGAAGCGGGGCGUCGAAAGACGUUUAUCGAGCGUAUGAUACCCAAGAGGGAAUUGAGGUUGCUUGGAAUGUCGUAAAUCUCUCGGGUGUGCCCAAGUCGGAACGCAAUCGAAUUGUGAACGAAGUGAGAUUGCUGGAACGACUUCAUCACCACAACAUAAUAUCGUUUCAUGGUUCUUGGGUCAAUCGAGAGCGGCAGGAAGUCAAUUUUGUGACGGAAAUCUUAUCGUCUGGUACCCUGAAGUCCUUCAUUAGUAAGGUCCAAGUCAUUCGAUGGAAAAUUGCCAAACGAUGGGCGCUCCAAAUUUUAAAUGGUCUCGAUUAUUUGCAUUCACAAAAUCCACCUGUUAUACACCGCGACCUGAAAUGCGAUAAUAUCUUCAUUAACGGGACAUCCGGAGAUUUAAGAAUUGGAGAUCUGGGUCUGAGUACUGUACAUCGGACCGGUCGUGUAUUGUCAGUUCUAGGCACACCAGAAUUUAUGGCUCCCGAUAUGUACGAGGAGCAUUCAUACGACGAGAAGGUUGACAUCUAUGCGUUUGGCAUGUGUAUGUUGGAGAUUUUGACGCAGGAGAUUCCUUACUCGGAGUGUAAUAAUCCGGCCCAAAUUUAUAAAAGGGUGUCUUCAGGAGAACCACCGGAGGUCUUAUCGCGCCUGCAGUCCCGGCAUGCUCGGGAAUUUGUAAGACUCUGUUUAGGUCGGAAAGACGAAGCAGGGAAGUUUGUUCGGCCAUCUGCUAGCGAUUUAAUCAAGCAUCCCUUCCUUGUUAAACGGAACACGGACGAUGAUGAG